GUGCGGGUCUACAGAGAUUGAGAUUGAGCUUUACGCCGGCAUUUGUGCCGAUAAACCCAACAGUUUACGUGCUUGAUUCCGCAUUGCUGCCUUGCGGCCACUCCUGAAGCACUCCGUGCAUUUUGCACGCUCCUUGGAAUAGCUUUGCAGCCUGCACUGAGGCUGCAGUGUGCAGAGCCCUGCAGGCGUGCGGCGGACGAGGAUGCGCGUCGUCCAUGCAGCAGCACUGUGCACGGCCAGCGCGCUGGCGACGACGAAACCGGUCGUGCGCCUCUUCGGCCUCAGCGAUUUGCACGUCGACUACGCGGCGAACCUCGACACCGUGAAAACCUUGGAGAGGCCGCCCGGCGAGGGCCACCUCGCCCUGAUCAUCGCCGGCGACGUCACUGCAGAUAGAGACACGCUCCGCGACGCAUUAACGGCGCUGCGACGUACUUUUGACGACGUGUUUUACGUCCCUGGAAAUCAUGAAGCCUGGGUCACUUCUACCGAUAGAGAGGACGGCAUCGGCGACUCCGUGGCGAAGCUGCGGGCGUGCGAAGGCGUCGCGGAGGCCUGCGGGUGCCGCACGGCGCCGGCGACUUUAGAGGAUGCCAGGGGGCGCGCCGUCACCGUCGCGCCGCUGCGGGGCUGGUACCACGCCUCGCACGACCGGGAACCGUCGGUCCUACCCGACGACGACGGCUCCAGGGGCUUUGCGCGGCGCUGGGCCGACUAUAGGAAAUGUAGAUGGCCGCCAGCACUACUGGGACGAAAUGGUAAAGAGGCCGUGGCGCACGGCAUGGGCGCGGGAGAUCAUGACCUGAGCGCCUACUUCGCGGCCACCAACAACAUUGCAAGGGACAAUACACCGCUCGUGACGUUCUCGCACUUCUCGCCGCGUUUUGAAUGUGUUCCGGAAAAACGUUUUUUACUGGAGCCUUGUUUAGCCAAGGUGAGCGGGUCGGACCACCUCGGCGACGUCGUGUUGGCGUUGCGGCCGGACGUCCACGUGUUUGGACAUACGCACAUUCCCAUCGACAUCGAGCUGGACGGGACGUACCACGUGCAGUGGCCCCUGGGGUCUCCCAGAGAACAGUCGCGGCAGUGCGCGCGAGCCAAGGCCCUGGGACCGCUCGAGCUCUUCCGCACGGACACGGGCGUGCGGCGGCUCGGCCACGACGGCGCGCCCGAGCGCACGGCCUGGGGCCAGUACUACAGCGACAAGCCGCGCACGCCGUCGGUCACGGAGCCGGCGCCCUGGGUCGCGUCCUACCGCAAACGACGGGCAAAAAAAGUGCGCGAGCCGCGCGUGCCGAACCACGCCGGCUACGACGACGAGGUCGCCGCGCUGUCGCGGCGCAGUAUCGUCGAGCGCCUCGAGGGCUGGACGGACGACGGCUACACGAAGGGCUUCGACGCGGGGUAUGUGAACUAGUAGCGCUUAUCUGCGCGCCGCGAUUUCUUUUUCGUAAUUUCUCUGUGUUUCGUAA